AUGCGCCGUUCCCAGCGCCUGAGCUCUUCAGGCACCAAAAGCCGCUACUUCGAGCAUGACGUCGAUGAGUCCGAAGAUUCGGUAAACCCACGCGCCGCCCCCAGACGCAAACCCAAACCCAAGGCGCCAUCAUCAAGCUCCGGAGACGAGCUUGCUGACGGGGACAAGUUCGAGCAAGACUUCGAGGAAUCCUCUGCUGACGACGGUUCCGAGGCUGUCGAGUCCGAAGCUCCCUCCCAACGCAAGAGGGGCCGGCCCCCCAAGUCAACCCCUGGAAAGAGGGCCAUCAUUGACAACGAUGAUGAAGGCGCUGCUCGUCCUAGGAAACGGGGACGACCAACCAGGGCAGUCCCCUCAAAGAAGAGCAACAAACCCACGACCAAGGGCCGCGCGGACCAAGUCAGCGAGGAUGAUGAUGAUGAUGAUGAUGAUGACGACGACGACGAUGGCCCGCGGGUAGAGUUCAUCCCUCUCCCCAAGCUACGCGAUACUGGCGGCAUCGAGUACCAACCGGAGGCGAUACAUCCAAACACCAUGGAGUUCCUCAAAGAUCUCAAGGCGAAUAACAAGAGGAAUUGGCUCAAGUUGCGCGACCCAGAGUAUCGCAGGUCUCUCAAGGACUGGGACUCGUUCGUUGAGACUCUCACAGAGAAGAUCAUCGAGGCGGAUGAGACGAUACCCGAACUUCCUCUCAAGGACGUCAUCUUCCGAAUCUAUCGGGACAUCCGCUUCAGCAAGGACCCGACGCCCUACAAGCCACACUACUCAGCUGCCUGGUCAAGAACGGGCAGGAAAGGCCCUUAUGCAUGCUACUAUGUCCAUUGCGAACCUGGGAGCUGUUUCGUCGGCGGCGGUCUGUGGCAUCCUGACAAGGAUGCUCUGGCCAGGCUCCGUGCCAGCAUCGAUGAGAGGCCGCACCGGAUUCGGCGCGUUCUCAUGAAUGCGGAUUUUCGACGGACCUUUCUGCCCAAGGCCAAGAACGACGAAAAGUCUGUGAUUGCUGCAUUUGCCGAGUCUAAUCAGGAAAACGCACUGAAGAUCAGGCCGCAGGGGUUCCACCCAGAGCACCGCGACAUUGAGCUCCUAAAACUGCGCAACUACACAGUCGGAAAGAAGAUCAAGGACUCGGACCUUACCGGCGCCGAUGCUCAGGAAAAGAUCAUGGCCAUCAUCACCCCCAUGGUCGAAUAUGUCACUUUUCUGAAUACAGUCGUGAUGCCUGAUCCCAAUUUCGAUUCCGACUCCGAGUCUGAGGGCGACGCAGAUGAUCAUGACGACGAGGAGUAG